GCUUAGACGUGAAGCACGUGCCUGCUGCAUCUUUACAUGCGUACAGUGUGACUGCUCAUAGCAUGGUUUUAACUUUUAACAACUUAUUAUCUGCCUAGUUUUAUCUUUCAUAUCACUGGCUCUUAUAGUUUCUGUCAGAAAUGCUGCAGUUUGAGACAUUGCUACUGAGACAGUUGCAGAAGCAGCAGAACAGGGAUGAAUUCUGUGACACUGUCCUACAGACACAAGGUGUGUCAGUGCCAGUACAUAGCUGUGUGCUGUCUGCCUUCAGUUCCAGGUUCUAUGGCACUCUGUCCUCUAUGCCAGUGCCCACGGCCGGGCAGAGAAGGUUAAUCGAGCUCCAGGCUGUGGAUGCAUGCACACUGCUCAGCUUGGUUAGUCUGCUCUACUCAGGUCAGUUACAUGAGAACAGAGAACAAGUUCUCUCAGCUGCACAAAUGUUGGGCAUUGAGUUACCUCAGUGGGAAGAAGAAGAAGAGAGAUAUGGAGUCAAAGUGGGAAGAAGAAAAGAAAGAGAGGAUGAUGACCAAGGGAUAGAGAAAGAGGUGGAUGCCCGAGAGUGGGAGGAUAGGAUGACCAGAAGAAUGGAAGAGAGCAGUGCAAGGGAGAAAGAAAAGAUAAGAGAGAGUGGUACACAGACCGAGUGUGGGAGAGAAACAGAUGAGAGAGGUGCACAAACAGCUCUCACAUGCUCAGAGUCUCAAAGCAUUCAGACUGUCUAUCUGAUUGACCCAUCAACAUACCCCAGCAAUCAGGAGACUGGCAGUUGCAUGGAUAUCCAGAAUACAGCUUUGGCAUUGCAGGCAAUCCAUCCAGAAAGGACAUCGACCACUCGUGAUGUGUUAGCCUUAGCCCCUCCCACAGGAGACAGUCACCCAGUGAGUGAAUCUGCCUGUGUGUCUCAAAUAUUCCUAUAUUCCUUGGAAACCUCACAACACCAAACUUCCAAUUCUGUCACUCUCCACCCGCAUAAUAGCUUUUUGGAGCAAUCAUUGGUUGUGCCAGCUGAUGGAGCUGAUGCUGUAAAUGACCUAAAACAGUUUGAAGGAAACCUACCUGGCUUCAUCAACUACUUUCUGGAUUCCACCAACUCCCAGAAUGUAGGCAGACGGGGAGAGGGCUGUGUAAGGGAAGGGGCCAGAGGAGUGCAAGUGGUUAAUAGAGCAAGAGCAAAAUCCAGAGGGACAGCUGGAGGGUCAGCGAUAGAAAGGGUGCGAUGUACAGGAGGAGGAAGGAGGCAAAGGCACAUGGAAAGAUGGGGAUUGGCGGCAAGGUUAGCACAGCAGGGUCAGGGUGGAGGUAGAGUCGGCAGACUCCUGGAAACCAGAUCAACAAGGAAGAGACGAAUGAGAGCAUUCCAGAGACGGCAAGGCAGAGAGGCAUUGAUGGAAGCAGGAGAGGCAAGAGGAAGAGGCAGGCAAAGACAGAGAGGCAAGACAGGCACAUUUGCAGGCAGUGAGGAGCAGAAUGACCCUGUACGCAAACGCAGGCCAAGAGGUCGUCCUCGUGUACGCCCUCUACCUCCAAUUUCCCGUAGUUUUACAACAAUGACAACAACCAAACAGGUCAACCAAACUGUGGAUCCUAUAGAACUUGACCUGUUACACUCGGUGACCCCCGUGCCGGCUGCUCGCAUGGAGCCCGUUCAGCCCAUUGACACACUCCUAGAUGACAUCAUGACCGGCCUUCAUUUUCUUCCUCAAUCAGAAAAUCAAACCAAUCAACAUGGUCUCAUGAGCACCACAACAUUUAGUGGUCCACCAAUUUCAAAGGCUACAUAUCCCAGCAGUCAUUUUUCAAAACCCGCAGAUGCAAAGCAGCAUUUGGAAGGAGAAUUUGGUGAUAUCCUUGAUCACUUUCUGAGUACCUUUGACGAGCAUGUUGGUUGCUGUGGUAUAGAUGGGGGUGAUGAGGCAUUGCAAGACAAAUUUAAUGCAGGCACUGAUAAAUCAGACACCAGCAUAGAUCCAUUGAGCAACACUUCAAAAACAUUUACACAGAUACAACCUCACAAUCCACAAAAAAGUCAUCAUCAAAAAACAGAAGCAAACUUUUUACACACCUCAAGCACACUUGGCACUAAACCACAAACAACGGUGAACCCAUCAAUAGCGGAAACAAACAACGACCAAGAUGGCCGAAUACGUAGGUCGAAAGUGGAGAAACCAUCCAGAGACCAGAACAUUUUGCAUCAGUUUGAAAACCAAAGGUUGACUAGAAGCCAGAGCAUGAAGAGAAAACUGGAAACAGCCUUAAUUAGUCUACAAAACCCAUUUAAGAGGAAGCGCAAAGAAAAAGUGAGUGCUGAAAUGAAGAAAAGGCAAAGGAACUGCCGUGAGCAAUCUAAAGCAUGUGUGAACAAAAAGGGAGUAAAAAACCAGGACAAAACCAACAAAAAUAAAGCUAAACAAGUUUGCAAAGAAAAAAGUCAAAAACAAAGACGUCCAAGACGAAACCAGAGGAGUGCUGAAAAAAAAAGUCACAGAAUAGAUGGUUUUAAUAAAAGGGAGAAGACACACCAAAAAAGAAGACCUGGAACUAAUAGCCAUUGUGAGAAGAAGAAGAAGAGUAGACAAGAUCAUGUAGAGGCAGAACGUAAAUCUAAUGGUUUCCAGGCUGGUCAGUCAUCUGUAAAGAGCCAAAUAGAAGGAACCUGUUUUGAGCAAGCUUCUUCAGCUGUGGAGAAGGUACGAAUGCUUUUACAGCUCGAAGAUAAAGAAGAGGAUGAAGGAGCAAAUAAGAGUGUGGAAAUACACCAGGAAAAUAAUAGAGGCGAUGGAAGCUUGGUCAAUCAUAAAUGCAUAUCUGAAGAAAGACUCCCUGUUGAAAACAGAUCAUAUUUUAUGCAAGGUCAUCUGGAUGAGAUUCAGCAGCCAGAACGUGAUGGAAGAAUAAUGGUUAAGGGAGAGUUUGGGGGACAGAAGAGAAUGAACAGUAUAGUAGAAUUGAGACAGAAGCGAGGUAACAAAAGAAGAAUGGCUGAUGGACUGAGGAACGAAGAAAAGAUGAGUGAAGAAAACAGUGCACCUUUCCAGCUGCAUCUGCCUUCAAGUACAGAAGAAAAUAAAGACUCUGAGGAUACCAUCAGCACUACAGAAUCAGUCACAAACGUAUUCGGUUCAUGGCCAGGUGAUCCAGUCUCAGCUCUAGGUUCACAUUUGUACCGAAGUGCAGUUGUGCCACUUUCUACACAAAGCGCCCUGCACAAAAUGGAUGACUUAACUUUGAACGUAGGAGAUGCGCCCCGGCUCAUGUCUGCCGCACGACUCUCACACGCACAAUCCUGCCAAGAGCUGCUCAGCCCACACAAAUCCAUGAAAGGCUCACAACAGUUGGCAAGGAGUCCUGUGGAUGAAGAAGAUGAUGUGGAUGUACUGGAGGUGUCUAACACAAACUCUGAGCUGCCUGCUGUGUCGAUUGUGGUCUUGGAGGUGGACUCAAGCCCCGGGGAGGAGGAAGUGGAAGAAGAUUUUGAGAUUGAUGUGCUCGGUCUAGAACCAGAUUAG